UGGGAUAGUAAUGGCGGCUUACUGUACACAUUGUUGACGUUUGCCGCUAUGUUAUAUAUUUCUUAUUUUGCCACAUCAUACACUACUUCUUUUAUACCACCGAGAAGCGUUUUGAGGAACACAUAUAUCUGACGUCCGAGGAUAUCACUGAAAAGACGCGGUCGGCUGAGACCCAUCUGCUGUACACUGUGCAGAGAUGGACGAUGAUUCCUCCCUGCACCGGCUAGAAGGCAGUGACCCCAGCGUUCAGGUCGGGGGUCUGAUAGUGAAGAAGAAAAGCGCUGCAGCAGAACAGCACGUGUUCAGAGCCCCCGCUCCACGCACCUCGCUGCUGGGUCUCGAUCUGCUCGCUGCACAGAAACGCAAGGAGCGAGAGGGCAAGGAGAGGCUGGAUGAUCAGCCCAAGAAAUCCAAAGUGUCAUCCUACAAAGACUGGGAAGAGGGGAAAAGUGAUUCGGGGUCUGAUGAUGAAAAUCAGGAGGAUGGAGAGAGCAGGAACGGGAAAAAAGAAAGGAAGUACAGAGUCACUGGCUCAGAAACGCCUUCAAACCCUGGAGGAGUCAGUGAGGAGUUCAAGAGGAAACACCAGCAGAGAGAGAAAGACCGACGUGAACAUGGGGUUUACGCUUCAUCCAAAGAGGACAAGAGCAAAGACAAGAACAGAUCCAGAGACAGAGAGCAUGACCGCCAUCGGGACAGAGAGAGGAGGAAAGACAGAGAUGAGCGUGAGAGCAGCCGCAGCCGUGGAUCCUCUAGCAGUCGCUCUGAGCGCAGUGAAGGCAGUGUAAGGAGUGAACGCUCUCAGAGAGAAGGCUGUUCUGAGCGCAUGAGCCGCGGAACCCGCCGCGAGGAGCCUGAAUCACCCCGAAACAAACCUAAAGACUUGGCCACUCCGUCGCGCUGCAGCUGGGAUGAAGAUGACAGUGGAUAUGCCAGUUCACGCCACUCCCACUGGGAGAGUCCGUCUCCUGCCCCCUCACACCGGGAGAAUGACCGCUCUGAACGCAGCCAGCGCUCAGUGCGGGACAGCGAGAGAAGAGACAGAUCAAGUAAACCUCAGUAUCCUACCGAUACUCCACUACCGACCCCAUCAUACAAGUACAACGAGUGGGCCAAUGACCGAAAGCAUUUUGGCUCCACACCACGUCUGUCCCGCGGGAAAGGAGAGAAGAGAGAGGAGGGAGAGGGUGGCAUCCAAUUUGACGAUGAAGAUGAGAAGGAGCAGUGGGAGGAAGAUCAGCGGCAAGCGGAUCGAGACUGGUACAUGAUGGAUGAAGGUUAUGACGAGUUUCACAACCCACUGACAUCCAGCUCAGACGAAUAUGUGAAGAAGCGGGAGCAGAUCCUGCAGAAACAGACCCAGAAACGCAUCUCGGCACAGAAAAGACAAAUCAAUGAGGAUAACGAACGCUGGGAGACGAACCGCAUGCUCACCAGUGGAGUGGUUCAGCGUCUGGAGGUGGAUGAGGAUUUUGAGGAAGACAACGCAGCCCGAGUUCAUUUACUUGUGCAUAACCUUGUGCCACCCUUCCUCGAUGGGAGGAUUGUCUUCACUAAACAGCCUGAGCCGGUCAUUCCAGUGAAAGAUGCGACCUCAGACAUGGCCAUCAUCUCCCGUAAAGGCAGUCAACUGGUGCGACGCCACCGAGAGCAGAAAGAGAGAAAGAAGGCACAGCACAAACACUGGGAGCUCGCUGGCACCAAACUGGGUGACAUCAUGGGAAUCCAAAAAAAAGAGGAUGGGGGAGACAGUAAAGCUGUUGGAGAAGAUGGAAAAGUGGAUUACAGAGCCGAGCAGAAGUUUGCUGAUCACAUGAAGGAGAAGAGUGAAGCGAGCAGUGACUUUGCCAAAAAGAAGACUCUGUUAGAACAGAGACAGUAUCUGCCCAUCUUUGCUGUUCGCCAGCAGCUGCUCAACAUCAUCAGGGAUAACAAUAUUGUGAUAGUGGUGGGUGAAACGGGCAGUGGUAAGACGACGCAGCUAACGCAGUAUCUUCAUGAGGACGGUUACACCAGCUAUGGUAUGGUGGGCUGCACACAACCCCGCAGAGUGGCAGCCAUGAGUGUGGCUAAGAGAGUCAGCGAAGAGAUGAACAGUAAUCUGGGAGAGGAGGUUGGUUAUGCCAUCCGUUUUGAAGACUGUACAUCAGAGAAGACAAUGAUCAAGUACAUGACGGAUGGGAUUCUCCUGAGGGAGUCUCUGCGGGAGUCAGAUCUGGAUCACUAUAGUGCAGUAAUCAUGGACGAGGCCCACGAGCGCUCCCUCAACACUGAUGUACUCUUCGGGCUGCUUCGAGAGGUGGUGUCAAGACGCUCCGACUUGAAGCUUAUUGUCACAUCUGCCACCAUGGACUCGGACAAAUUUGCGUCAUUCUUCGGCAAUGUUCCUAUUUUCCACAUUCCCGGCAGGACGUUCCCAGUGGAUAUCUUGUUCAGCAAGACUCCUCAGGAGGACUAUGUGGAGGCGGCUGUGAAACAGGCCUUGCAGAUUCAUCUCAGCGGGAUGGUGGGUGACAUCCUCAUCUUCAUGCCUGGUCAGGAGGACAUCGAGGUGACGUCAGAUCAGAUUGUGGAACGGUUGGCCGAUCUAGAGAACGCUCCAGCCCUGGCAGUGCUGCCCAUCUACUCCCAGCUGCCCUCAGACCUGCAGGCCAAGAUCUUCCAGAAGGCUCCUGAUGGAGUGAGGAAAUGUAUUGUUGCUACAAACAUCGCUGAGACGUCUCUGACAGUGGACGGCAUCAUGUUUGUGGUGGAUUCCGGCUAUUGUAAACUGAAGGUGUUCAACCCUCGCAUUGGCAUGGAUGCGCUUCAGGUUUACCCCAUCAGUCAAGCUAAUGCAAACCAGCGGGCUGGUAGAGCAGGCAGAACAGGCCCAGGACAGUGUUACAGGUUAUACACACAGAGCGCCUUCAAGAAUGAAAUGCUGACCACCACUAUUCCAGAGAUUCAGCGCACUAACCUGGCUAAUGUUGUGCUUUUGCUCAAGUCACUGGGAGUUCAAGACCUCCUGCUCUUCCACUUCAUGGACCCGCCCCCAGAAGACAACAUGCUGAACUCCAUGUAUCAGCUGUGGAUCUUGGGUGCACUCGACAAUACAGGCGCUCUGACACCCACCGGGCGGCUCAUGGUGGAGUUUCCUCUGGAUCCGGCUCUGUCUAAAAUGCUGAUCGUGUCUUGUGACAUGAGCUGCAGUGCUGACAUCCUCAUCAUCGUCUCCAUGUUGUCUGUGCCGUCCAUCUUCUACAGGCCAAAGGGUCGAGAGGAGGAAAGUGACCAGGUCAGAGAGAAGUUCUCCGUGCCUGAGAGUGACCAUCUGACCUACCUCAACGUUUACCUGCAGUGGAAGAACAACAACUAUUCCAGCAUCUGGUGCAAUGAUCACUUCAUUCACACCAAAGCCAUGCGGAAGGUGCGUGAGGUGCGAGCUCAGCUCAAAGACAUCAUGGUGCAGCAGAAAAUGAAUCUGAUCUCCUGCGGUUCAGACUGGGACGUGAUCAGGAAGUGCAUCUGUGCUGCAUACUUUCACCAGGCUGCUAAAUUAAAGGGAAUUGGAGAGUAUGUGAAUGUGAGAACCGGGAUGCCCUGUCAUCUGCACCCCACCAGCGCUUUGUUCGGGAUGGGCUACACCCCUGACUACAUCAUCUACCAUGAACUGGUCAUGACCACAAAGGAGUACAUGCAGUGUGUGACGGCAGUGGAUGGUGAGUGGCUGGCUGAGCUGGGACCAAUGUUCUACAGCAUCAAACACGCAGGGAAGAGCAGACAGGAGAACCGAAGGAGAGCCAAAGAGGAGAUCACCAACAUGGAGGAGGAGAUGUCUCUGGCACAAGAGCAGAUCCGAGCGCGGAAAGAGGAGCAGGACAGGAAGAACAAUCUGGGCAGCGUCAGGGCCGUGAAGAUCUGCACCCCAGGAAGGAAAGAGGAAAUGACGCCGAUGACGCCCAAACGAACGCCGGCCCGGUUUGGCUUAUAGUGCUCAGUUUCUACAAACGCAUAAUUGCUUGCGUCAGUGCAGUUUUUCCUCUAAUAUGUAUUCAUCACAGUGCUUUUUCAUCUUUGGCCAGCAGUAGGAGCAAUUGUAUAAGGAGAAAAAUCUCUUCCUCCCUCUCACGGUGUUAUUUGUGGCUCUUUUUAACCAUGUUUGGACUGAGAUCUUACAUUGAAUCAGUGCUUAAAUUGAAGUGAACACAUUUGUUAGGCUUGCAUUUAAUCUAAAACAACAAAAACAGCAUAAUUUGACAUUAAUAUGCAUAUUAGGCCCAAUCAUUCUCUUUUUUUUAUAUUUUAUGUUUGUGUAAAACCAGAACUCUCGUGCUUAUUCACCUUUUUUCACCAUGUCUGAUCUGAAACAAAAACAACCUUGAUCUUACAUUGAAUCAGUCCUUAAAUUGAGAAGUGAACACUUUUUUUAUGCUUGCAUUUGAUCUAAAAACAACUAAAAACAGGUUAAUUUUACACUAAUAUGCAUAUUUACCCCAAUGAUUUCUUUUUUCUUUUAAUUUAAUGUCUGAUGUGUUUGCAAAAAAAA